GGGUGUUGUUGCUGGAAUUAUUUCGAAACAUGAAGGAUGUUUGCAUUUGGAUGCUCGAGUGAUUAUCUUUUAUUUUCUUGUAGUUGUGUUCCACGUUGGUGCUUGUAGAGAAUUUAUAUGCUGGUCAAACGUGUGGUGAUCUCCAUAUUUGUGGUUCCGUGACGUAUGAGGAAACUUUGAGUAGAUUGUCUUUUUACUCGAUCGAUUAAGAAAGCAAAGGAGCAUCACGUUUUUCUUGCACAUAACGUGUUACUGUUUUGUUAGAAUAAAAAUGAAAGCUGGUAAAAGAAUUCCAUGCAGUGAUACACAUUGCCUUUGUGGAAUGAUUUUGAGCUUUCAGAAGGUCUAUUGUCCAGAAUGCCUUCAUUGGGAAGCUUUUUAAUCCCUGUAGUCCUUGUAGAAUUGGAAUGACGAGUAUCUUGGAAUAGCUGUAUCUGAUGGAACCCAUAGUGUCAAGAACUUGGUUAAAUUUGUACUAUUAAAUUUGAGCUCUGGUGAAAGUGGUGUUCCCUUCCUACCGGUUAUCUGUUUCUCUGUUUAAUGCUUCAUAAGCGUAUAAGUAAUUGAGCUGAUAGAGGUUUACAAUUUGGUUAAUGGGCACAAACAAACACUCAAUUGGUCCAUUGUUGGACACCCUCAAAAUGGAGAGGGUGAGGACGAUUCUGACUCAUACUUACCCAUAUCCGCAUGAACAUUCAAGACAUGCUUUGACUGCAGUAAUUGUCGGAUGUCUUUUCUUCAUCUCAUCGGAUAACAUGCAAACCCUCAUUCAGAAAUUGGACAAGAAUUUCAAAUGGUGGUCCAUGUAUAUUUGCCUGUUUGGUUUCUUCUACUUCUUCUCGUCCCCGUUCGUCAGAAAGACCAUAAAACCAAGCUAUUCAAACUUUAGUCGUUGGUAUAUUGCUUGGAUAUUUAUGGCAGCCAUAUAUCAUCUUCCUAGUUUUCAAUCAAUGGGAGUUGAUCUGAGAAUGAAUCUAUCGCUGUUUCUUACUAUAUACCUUUCAUCUGUCCUCUUUCUGAUCGUUUUCCACAUAAUAUUUCUUGGCCUUUGGUAUGUCGGCCUUGCUUCUCGUGUGGCAGGCAGACGGCCCGAAAUUCUGACCAUUAUUCAAAAUUGUGCGGUUAUAAGUGUAGCAUGCUGCGUAUUUUACAGUCACUGUGGGAACCGUGCUUUCCAAAGUGAGAGUUCUCUUGAUCGAAGGAGCUUUGGUUGGUUUCCAACCUUCACAUUUUGGCAAAAGCAUGAUCAAAACACUUGGAUAUCUAAAUUCUUGCGCAUGCAUCAAUGGAAAGAACAAGUCUGUUCAUCUUGGUUCGCUCCUGUUGGAUCUGCCAGUGAUUACCCAUUCUUCUCUAAGUGGGUUAUCUAUGGCGAGCUAGCAUGCAAUGGAUCCUGCACUGGUUCAUCACAUGAAAUAUCUCCGAUAUAUUCCCUGUGGGCAACCUUUAUUGGCCUUUACAUUGCCAAUUAUGUGGUUGAGUGUUCGACUGGCUGGGCUCUUACCCACCCACUAACUAUUUCUGAAUACGAGAAGAUAAAAAAACAAAUGAAACCUGAUUUCCUGGAUAUGGUUCCAUGGUAUUCAGGGACAUCGACUGAUUUAUUUAAGACCGUGUUUGAUCUUAUGGUGUCAGUGACUCUUUUUGUUGGGCGAUUUGAUAUGCGCAUGAUGCAGGCUGCCAUGAACAAGGUCCCUGAUGAAUCUAAAAAUGGUGAUCUUUUAUAUGAUCAUUUCUGCAUGAAAGAGGACCUCUGGUUUGAUUUCAUGGCUGACACAGGAGAUGGUGGAAAUUCAACUUAUGCUGUCACGCGGUUGCUGGCCCAACCUUGGAUUCGAGUGAAGAAUGGUGGUUCCAAGCAUGCUCUUCCACGUGGAGACUUCCUUCUUAUUGGAGGGGAUCUUGCGUACCCUAAUCCCUCUGCAUUUACAUAUGAAAAGCGCUUUUUCCUUCCAUUCGAGUAUGCUUUGCAGCCUCCAACAUGGUAUAAGCCAGAACAUAUAGCAGUAAAUAAGCCAGAGCUUCCUUUUGGGGUCGUCAAGCUGGAGCAAUAUGAUGGACCUCAGUGUUUUGUAAUUCCUGGCAACCAUGACUGGUUUGAUGGACUUCACACAUUUAUGAGGUACAUAUGCCAUAAGAGCUGGUUGGGUGGAUGGUUUAUGCCUCAGAAAAAGAGUUAUUUUGCUCUGCAGCUUCCCAAAGGAUGGUGGGUGUUUGGUUUUGAUCAAGCUCUGCAUGGUGACAUUGAUGUCUACCAGUUCAAAUUUUUUGCAGAGUUGUGCCAACAUAAGGUUGGGGACAACGACUCUAUUGUUGUGAUGACACAUGAACCAACCUGGCUUCUCGAUUGGUAUUGGAAUGAUAGCACUGGUAAAAAUGUCUCUCAUUUGAUACGUGAUUACAUGAAAGGAAGAUGUAAGCUUCGUAUGGCUGGAGACUUGCACCAUUAUAUGCGCCAUUCUUGUGUCCCUUCAGAUCAGCCUGUGUGUGUUGAACAUCUACUUGUGAAUGGUUGUGGUGGAGCCUUUCUACAUCCAACGCACGUCUUCAGAAACUUCAACAAAUUUUAUGAAAAUUCCUAUGAAUGCAAAGCUACAUAUCCUUCUUAUGAGGACUCCAGUAGGAUAGCACUUGGCAACAUUUUAAAGUUCCGAAAGAAGAAUUGGCAAUUUGAUGUCAUUGGUGGUUUCAUAUACUUCGUAAUUGUCUUUUCCAUGUUUCCUCAGUGUGGUGUAUUCCAAAUUCUUCAUGAUGAUUCUUGGUCGGGUCGCUGCAAGAGCUUUGCUAAUGCAAUGUGGAGAGCUUUUAUUUACAUGAUAGAACAUUCUUAUGUGUCUUCUGCUGGAACUUUGCUGUUGGUAUUACUAUCGUAUUCAUUUAUCCCUACGAAGCUGUCUUGGAAAAGGCGGGCUGUUAUUGGAAUUCUUCAUAUUUCAGCUCAUAUAGCGGCAGCCAUUAUUCUAAUGAUGCUACUGGAAAUGGCUAUCGAUAUAUGCAUCCGUAAUCACUUACUAGCUACUUCAGGUUACCACACACUUUAUGAUUGGUAUCGGUCCAUGGAAAGUGAGCACUUUCCAGAUCCAACUGGACUACGAGCUCGCAUGGAAAAGUGGACAUUUGGACUCUACCCUGCAUGCAUAAAGUACCUGAUGUCUGCAUUUGACAUACCAGAGGUUAUGGCUGUUACAAGAAAAACCAUCUGUAAGAAGGGAAUACAGUACCUUUCCAGAGGAGCAUCUGUUAUCUAUUAUGCUUCAACUUUCCUUUAUUUCUGGGUAUUAUCAACUCCUGUUGUAUCACUGAUCUUUGGAUGUUAUCUGUACAUCUGUAUCAAUUGGUUCCACAUUCACUUUGAUGAAGCCUUCUCAUCACUUCGCAUUGCUAACUACAAAGCUUUUACCCGUUUCCAUUUAACUAAAAAUGGCGACUUAGAAGUCUUCACCCUUGCAGUGGAUAAGGUGCCAAAGGAGUGGAAGCUAGAUCCAGACUGGGAUGCAGAGCCAAAACAACCACUCCAGCUGAGCUACUUGAGGAGAUUCCCCAGCAAAUGGAAAGCUGCUUCUUCCGUCGAUCCUAUUAACUCUGUUAGGAUAGUUGAUCAUUUUGUUAUUCAUCGGACUCCGACAAGUCCAAAAUCAGCUCCCUGCAGUCGAUAGCUUCUUCUCUUAUCGGUCAUGGCUUGUUUGUACAUUCAUUUACUAACUAGGUAAAUCAGAGAAUAGCAAAAAGAAGAAAACAGAAAAGAAUCAAAUUUGAAGAUGAACAUGCCAGUGUUAAUUCAUUUCAAGCAGAUUCUGCUAACGGUAAUAUUUCAAUCAUUGCUGAUCGAGCAGUAAAAACAACAAGCUGAAGCAAUAAUAUAGCUGUGGUAAUAUUUUGAUGGAUUUGAACCGCCAGUUUGAGAAGGGAGUAGUCUGGUUUCCUCCUAAUUUGAAUUGCUUCCAAGUGCUUGCAGUGACUGCGUUGGAAUGAAGAACAUCAGGCAAUGAUCAUAGUGGUAGAAAGUUUUUUUUUUUUUAAUUUGCGGGUGAUUAUGUUAAAAGGCAAAAUAUCACCUUUCUUAGUUGUAGAAACUAGAAACGCCAUUUAUUUAAGAAAUGAGCAUCCAUUGACUAAGACUUCAUUUGUGAUAAUUUUUUUGUUGCUUUCUAAAACGAUAUUUUAGUACAAAAAUUUCUUGAAUUAGAAAUUUUUGUACUAAAAAGUAGUUUUAUAGAGUAGCAAAAAAGUUAUUCCAAACGAAUUCUAAAGUAUAUAUUUAAGAAAAGAUUUCUCUCUCUUUGAUUGAUUGCUGUAAUAUUUACAUUGUUCAGGACAUGUGACAUUUGCAAUGCAAGAAAUGAUGAGUGGAAAUUAGAAUGAACAUUUUCUUCA